AUGGGAGACGAAGUCCAGCCGCAUCCUCAGCCCAAACAACCACAAGAGAUCGUCGAAGAGCCAGGACAAGGGGCUCAGCCGGAACAGCGCCAGCAGCAUGAACAGCAGCUCCAACAACCUGAGCAGCAACCUGAGCAGCAACCUGAGCAGCAACCUGAGCAGCAGCCUGAGCAGCAGCCUGAGCAGCAGCCUGAGCAGCAGCCUGAGCAGCAACCUGUGCAGCAACCUGUGCAGCCUCCAGCUGAUCGCAGCCUCGCCCCAGAUAACCCGCACAGCCAGAUGGUUGCGUGGGCUGCUGCCUGGAACGUGUUCUGCUGCUCGCUGCUGCGUCGUGCCAUGCCGGUGAUGUUCCUUGCCAUGGGCGACGCCUUCGCGACCACCGCCAAGGGCAUGGUCGCCUGGAUGAAUGCCUUCAUCUACAGCCUGGCAUACAUUCUGUCGCCUGUAGCGACGAUGUUGUGCCGCACCAUCUCGCUGAAGCAACUGUCCAUCGCGGGCGCCCUGCUGAUCAGCGUGGGCCAGAUAGCCUGUCUUGUCAUCGACAGCCUGUUGCUCAUGGCGCCUGUGUUAGCACUGUUCUGCGGCAUCGGGUCGGCACUGUCCACCGUGGUGAACGAGACGGCGAUACACCUGCACUUCACGCCGGCACGGAGGAGCAAAGCGAUGACCCUGCACGGGGCGGCGUUUGCCUUGGCGGCUAUCGUGUACCCCGUGGUGCUCUUGUUCCUGGUGGACACUUACGGGCUCAACGGUGCCCUGCUCCUCUCCGGUGCCCUGUCCCUCAACGCGCUCGGGGGAUCCCUAAUUAUCGCCAGGCCUGCAUGGAUGUCUCCGGACGACCCGAUCGCUCCUAUCCAUCGGCCGUCGCAUGCAGCGCCGGCAGCAGUCUCUGAGGGCUCGACGGCAGUCGGAAGCGGAGCGAAAGGCGCCGAGGACGACGGGGCCUACAAACCGGAAACUUCCAAGGUGCGCGCCCCGCUUCUUCCGGUGGGAAUUAGGUUCCGUUCGCUGUGA